AAACCGUAUCAUUCAACCAACCAUCAUACAAUCAAUUCACCUCUCUGGUAAAAGAGGAAUAAAGGGAAAAGGGCUAUAUGAUAGUCUCCGACUCUUUUUGACAUUUUCACAAAAUUUCGGCACAAUCCCUUAUCCACAUCGCUCUUGACCCGCAACAGAAAACUUGUACGAGAGAAAAAAAAAUCCCCAGGUGGAAGAAACUAAGGCCAAUUUCACUUUCGGCGCCAACCUUCCCCUCUCACCUGGAAAAUAUCUAGAACAUCUUGCAUUCGGUCAUACUUCCUUGUACAAUCUCAACACAAGCAGACCGAUCUUCGCAGCAAGCUGGGUAUUUAUAAAGAUGUCUUCCCCAUGGAAGAAGCAGCCAGAGGAGGUAGCGGGGGCAGUUUUGAAAAGAGCUGAGUUAAGCAAGGUAAACUCUCUUGUGCCAUUCGGGUCAAGUCCACACUAUACUAUACUAAUGUCAAAAUAUCUAGAUGGCUCGGAAACUGCAGAAUCGACUGGCGCUUGCACAAUUUAAAACCGAAAGGGGUUGGGAGGACCUCACACUAGAUACAAUAGAACCAAGGAUGGAAGAAGAGCUAAGAAGAAGACGGCCAAACUCAAGCGGAGAUAUGUUAUCAGACUCAUCCUCCAGUGCUGCAUCUGACUUGCCAUACUCGAACCGAAGGACCUUACUCAGUUCCCCUUUGAAAGCCGCAGCCAUAUUUUCCGAUCGAAUUGUAUCGAGUGGUAGCAGCACCGGGCCUAGGAAGAGGUCGUACCAGACCACUUUCCAACCACCAAGCUCAAAUAUGGGAUCUCGAAAAAGGGUUCGCUCUUCUCCAACACCGAGUAGAUUAAUACGACAGCCGAACAGCUCUUGGAAGAAUCACCGCCAAUUAACCCAAUCAUCACCUAUCAAGCCACGGAAGCCUCAUUUCACCACCUCGGCGGGACCGGACAUCUCUUUCUACAGGGGAUCUUCGCAUAUGCCAGAUGAUCUUACCUCUCCCAACUUCGCAGCCCCAUCCGAUGACGAAGACAACCACCUUCCUCUACAUUCUUUUAAUAUCCUGCCCUCGUCUCCGCGCACUCCAUCUCCGAUUCGAAACAGAGGCAACCCACACCGUCGAAUUAGAGAUGGCAAUGGCAGGUCAGCAGCAGAAGAAGCAGAUCUCUUACUGUACCUCAGUAGUCCUGCAAAUCCCGCUUCACGAACAAGAAUGCAGCCACCCUCUACCCCACCGUCCAGGAAGCUUGAUUUGCCAUCAUCUAUGAUGACCACCCCAAGCUAUAGCGGUGGUCUCUCAAUAUUCGGUGCACCUGCCACACCUUCACAAGGAUUCGACUUCGCCGACUUUGUCAAUAUCACGCCAAGUCCCGCUCAAACGACUUGGACUCCAAGAGCUGCGAAGACGCCGUUGACUGUUGCACGCAGGCGCUUAACAUUCGAAAACUUUCACGCACCAAAUGCAAGUCCAUCAAGGCGCGAGAGUCCUGCUUCUUCUAAGCACACUGGACUUGGUAUGCAAUUAGGCGGGGAUCUUCUAUCCUGAUAUAUUUUUGUUCACGUUUACGAUACGCUUUUGAUGUUUACGAUCAACAACUUCCAUUCUCACGAUUAUGUUACUUUGUAUAUGACUUUGACGGCUCUUCUUAUAAUGUUCUAUCUGCAUGCAUUGGCUAGCAGAAGUUUGGUGUUUGGUGGGAAGCUACUAUGCUGGAUGUAAAUCCCUGGUAGGGAUACAAGGGAUGUAAUGAAGUGACUGGUUUGGAUUUUAUUGUAUCUGAAUUUAUGGGGGUUAAGAAAAUAUCUGAUAUGAAAAGAUGACAAGAUGGGAUGGGAAAGGAAGGAAGGCAAGGCGAGGAAUUUCCCGAGAGCUUGGGCUUGUCUCAAUAUGGCGCAUUUAAUUUGACACCGAAAUCUGCGACAAAUGGUGACGCGACCAGAUGUGGAAGGGGGGACUUUAAUAACCAAUGACAUUCAACUUACCCAAUUGGAUUUUU